AUGAGAAGAUGUGGUCCAACACCAGCUUUGACUAUCUUCGUCGCUUACGCUCCAACAUCAAGCUACGAAGAAGAAGAAGAAGUCGAAGCUUUCUAUAUGGACCUGGAGAAGUUCUACCGAGAUGACCAUGCCUUCUACAAGGUCAUAAUUAGCGAUUUCAACGCUAAAGUUGGCUCAAGAAGAACGCCGGAGGAACUUCACAACGGGACCCACGGCCUACAAUGGAAUGACCAGGGGGAGAGGCUCUCCGAGUUCAUCAUGCCAACUAAGACCAUCCAUGGAAACUUGCAAUUGCAGAAGCCCUCCUCUCUACGCUGGACGUGGGUGGAGGGUACCGUAAUGAAAUACACCACAUCAUCGUCAAUAAAAAUUAUCUACGACUUCUACUCUGAUCUCUUCGACAGCCAUGUCCACUUGCCUCCUCACCAUCUGAGGGAAGACGGACAUGUCAUUCCAGAGGUUCUCCCGUUCGAAAUACAACAUGCUAUCAUCUCGGUAAGAAAUCGUACGAAAUCGUAA